AGAGAGAGAGACUUUGGCUUUGGUGCAAACAAUGCACGGACAAACAACACCGAAGCAGUGAGAGGUUUUUUAGGAUAAAAAAUUGGGAUGAAGAGAGAGAGGAGAGAGAGAAAGAGAUAGACUGAUAUAGUGUGAGUGAGUGGGAGUUUUCAUCAGAGACCUCUCUCUUUGUCUCUGCUCAGAUCUUCCAAAAUCCACACACAGGUUGAGGAGAAAGAGGAAGAGGAGGAAGAAGAAGAAACUCGUUCCGCAAAGCAAUGCCUGCAAUGCCCAAAAUCCGAUGCUUCAAUUUUGACGUUUCUUUCAGUUUCAUGCAAUAAAUACAGCAAAAAAGGAAAAGAAAGAAAAAGAAAAAGAAAAAGCCGAGCCAAGCCCAAAAGUUGCUCAAAAUUACAGCACCUGUUGCAGAGAAGGAGCCUUUUCUUUUUCUUUUUCUAUUUUCGGCAAAAAAACACAGCGGCUUCUUCUUCAAGACGACGGCGAAGAACUGUGAGCUGACGGCGAUAUAUUUGUUUUUUUUUUCUCAGUAUUUUUGAGUUUGUUUCUUCGGGUCAAAGAGAUAAAGCAAACAAUCUAUUUUUUGUUUUGAUUUUAUACCUAUUUUUUCGCUUUUGUUUAUUUUGUUGGCGUUGAAAAGCAAGUCAAGAAGCGUAAAGGUUAAAAUUGGAGAUUUCGUUAUCUGAUAUUUUGCGUCUUUUGGAUGCAGUUGAAAUGCACUCUCAAUUGUUCUAAAGCUCCGAAACCUGAAGAUCUCCAAUGGAAAUGCGUUUUCGUUUCUGAAAACCCAGUAAUUUUCACUGAGAUUUCAAUUUUCAGACUGUGAGCCUGUGAGGUGUUAGUUUACACAAGUCGAGUUUGGUCCAUUUUGAGAGGAAAAAAUGGCGUCGUCGUGGGACCACUUCGGAGAGAUUGCAAAUGUGGCUCAGUUGACCGGCCUCGACGCCGUGAGGCUGAUCGGAAUGAUUGUGAAGGCGGCGAGCACGGCGCGAAUGCACAAGAAAAAUUGCAGGCAAUUUGCGCUGCAUCUGAAGCUGAUCGGGAACUUAUUGGAGCAGCUCAAGAUCUCGGAGCUUAAGCGGUACCCGGAGACGCGCGAGCCUCUUGAGCAGCUCGAGGAAGCUCUAAGAAGGUCAUACAUUUUGGUCAAUAGCUGCCAAGACCGGAGCUAUCUGUAUUUGCUUGCAAUGGGAUGGAACAUUGUGUAUCAGUUCAGGAAGGCUCAGAAUGAAAUUGAUAGAUACUUGAAGCUUGUGCCUCUGAUUACUCUGGUGGACAAUGCUCGAGUCAGGGAGAGACUGGAAGACAUUGAAAAGGAUCAACGUGAGUACACAUUGGAUGAAGAGGACAGAAAGGUACAGGAUGUGAUCCUUAAACCGGACCCCUCGAAAAAUGACACUGUAGUGCUGAAGAAAACACUUUCUUGCUCUUAUCCAAACUUGGGUUUUAAUGAGGCGCUGCAAAAGGAAAAUGAAAAGCUUCAACUUGAACUACAACGGUCCCAAUCCAUUUAUGAUGUGAGUCAAUGUGAAGUAAUUCAGCGUUUGCUAGAAGUGACAGAAACUGUCGCUUCAAAGUCUUCCCCCGAAAAAAAUAAUAAGAAAAUAGAGCGGAAUUAUUCAGAUGCCAAUAGUGAGAAAGAACCUUCAUCUAAUGAAAGCUAUCAGAAAAGUGAAUCUCGCAAAAUGUCAAGAAACACAUCUUCAGUUUCUUCUGGACAUGAUUUGCUGUCAACUAGAGGUUCACAUCGCCAUGAAGAAUGGAAUACUGAUCUACUUGGAUGUUGCUCAGAACCAUCUCUGUGUAUAAAGACAUUCUUCUAUCCUUGUGGGACGUUUUCUAAAAUUGCUUCUGUGGCAACUAAUAGGCAUAUGUCUUCAGCAGAAGCAUGUAAUGAAUUGAUGGCUUAUUCGUUAGUAUUGUCUUGCUGUUGCUAUACAUGCUGCAUUCGAAGGAAACUUCGCAAGACGUUGAAUAUCUCGGGAGGCUUCAUUGAUGACUUCCUUUCACAUUUUAUGUGUUGCUGCUGCGCCCUUGUUCAAGAAUGGCGAGAAGUUGAACUACGCGGGAUUCCUUAUGGUGCUGAAAAGACAAAAAUAAGCCCGCCACCCUCACAGUACAUGGAAACCUAACUGAUAAUGGAAUUUUGAGAUUCAUCCACUUUGAACGCCAUAUGUAGAGGUAAUGGCUAGUUGCCAUUGUUACAGGAAAACUUAUUUUGGGGGAGUUUAUGUCUCACUAAUUUUCCCAUAUGUAAAUUAGCGCUUUUUAUAUUUUUUUAUUUUAUUCAGCACAUUGUGUAUCAUAGACUUGCUUUUCUUUUUCGAAAAAUAGUAUAGAAGUGCUUGAUUUUACCAAUUUGUUUUAUAUGAUUGUUUUUCCUU